UCGCAAGCUUGCCCAGCACAUCAGAGAUAUGAAGAGUAAGCAUCACAGAGAUAAUAGAGGAUAUAUCAGGGAUACUCUGGAGAUAUCCAUCAAUCAUAAGUUAUCCUCCUCCCACCACCAUUCCCCAUCUCCUUCCUCUUCCUCGAGGAUAGUCGAAUCGGCCAGGGACGAAAGAAAAUCUCAAAGAUUACACGAUAGCGCUAUCAGCAGUGCUUUUAGAAGUAGUUUAAAAGCGAAGUUAGAUUCCUACAGUAAUGGAAGGUAUAGUAACAUUACUAGCAGUAGUAACAACGGUAGUAGCGGUGGUGGCAAUUAUCUUAGUAGGUAUUUAGAUGAAGAUUAUGGGGCAGAUGAUGAAAGUACUUAUGCUAGCAACGUCAUCAGCAGUAAUUGUAGAUCUGUAUAUAGUAAUCUCGACUGUGACUACCGCGAUUACGUAAAGGGUAAGAUCAAUAGCCUUGGUGCUAAGAUGACCGAUAGAGAAUACGGUACCAGCUGCAAAGAACGUAGUACCAUUAGGGAAUAUAGCAUUCGUAAAAGUACCAGUAAAGAAUAUGGAGUAGAGAGAAAGAGGGGCGAAACUAGUUCUAUCCCAAAUUUGAUGGAUAUCGAUGUUUCCAGUGUGGGAGAUCUUGACGGUGGCAAGGAUUAUUUCGGUAGGCCCCACGGCAGAGGGGGGUCACCAGCAUCGACCUCGUCAUCGUUAUCUCGUACGUCAUCGUCCAGGAAGUUGAUGACGAACAAGAUGAAGAUUGUUCUGGAGGACGUUGACCUCAGGCACAAAUUAAGGAAAUAUGUUGCCGGUAAAGAGAGCAAGUCUGCCCUACCAAUCACAAAACCCAUGAACCAGUCUGACUUCUCGUCGUACUCAUCAUCAUGCCACACCUCUCAGAAGAGGGAGUCAACAAGUGCCACUAGAACUAAUAAACAUUCAAAGGACAUCAAACCACUCAUUAAAAAUUUUCCAGUAGCUAAAAACACGCCACAUGAUGAUACUGACCAUUUUUCACCUGCUACUAAAAAGAACAGUUUCUCGAGACCAGAGUCUUCUACAUUAUUUUUGGAUAAAAAAUCUUCGAUCACCAGCAAGAGUGAUAGUGCUGCCAGAAAAUUUAGCAGCAGCCGCAGCAGCAAGAUUUGUCUACCAUCACCCAAUCCCAGCCUGGAUGACAUGAAAGUUAAACAUUCACUACAACAAUCGUAUCAGUUUGAAAAAGCAAGAUUCCCUUUACUCCCAACUCCCAUUUCAAAUCCCAUACCAAGCCCUAUCGUGGAAACUACCGAUAGUAGAUACCACAGGCAACCGUUGCUGAACAAGCCGUUGCUAGGCUGUCUACCGGUUAGGCCGUUGAUGGAUUUUGUGGAGAUGCCAGUAAAGGCUUUCCACGCGUCUCCGCUGUUACCCCUUCCACCCCCUCCUCAGCCACUUCUCGGAAGUCCCUAUGGUAACUUUCCACCAGCACCACCACCGCCGUCGUCGUCCUACACCAAGCCAAUCCGGCACCCACCAUCGUCAUCGUUUGCUAAAAAGGCAUCAUCGUCAUUUAGUAGGAAGAAGACAUCCUCAUCUUCAAAACCUCCAACCUCCUCAUUAACGACAUCAUCAACGUCAUCAGCGUCGAAAGCAACAGCAGUGGCCACAACAGCCACAACAACGUCGGCGUCUAAAACAUUGGAUGCAAAGAUGUGUUUGGAGGAGGAGAAUAAAACUGCCACUCCGAAUAAAAAUGAAACAGCAGAUGGCAUCAGCAGCAUUAACGACAGCAAUGACAUUAAUAAGGUGAAUGAUAACAGCUCAGCAACGUCAAAAACGACGAAAUCUGCCGGUGACCUCGAGCAGAGGUCAAAUUCCAGGGUCAGAUCAGAUCUGGUAAAACCAAUGUCAAGGAUGAAGAAAAUGCUUGAAGGUUCUCCAUCUGAUUUGACACUGGACUCGUUGACCACUGAUAAGGUAGUCAAGGACAUGGGGGUCACUGAAAUGAUGAUCGUCUUCAAGAAUCUACUGAGUAAGAUGGUCAGUGAUAUGAUCAAUGAAGAAACUCUGAAGUCUAAGGUACACAUCAACCAAAUCCUUCUGGAGAGUUUAAACCAGAAGCACGAACUGAUGCCAGACUCAUUAAGGUACUUCACAGACAAACAUCCGAAGAAGGUUUCCAACUUCCUGUCGAUCCUUCGUUUCCUCGAUCCGGAUAUCCUGCUGGGACUCAACCUGCUACUAAAGAAAGAACUCGGUGAUAAUGAUGAAGACGACGACGACAAGGAUGUUGAUGGGGGUGACUGCCGUGUCGAUAUGGAUUGUAAAAACGUUAGUAGUGGUAGCUGCGGUAAUGCUAGUGGUGGUUCCAGUAAGAUCAAAAACCGCAGCUGCAGCAAGAGUAGUAACUGCAGUGACGGCAAAAAGCCAAACGAAUCAAUGGCAAACUCCAAUGAGUCCAUGAUCAAGCAUAUAUUAUUUGAUGAGGAUGACCAACUUGACCACCCCUCUAAAUCAAGUGGACCUCUCCUUCCUACGCCCUCCAAAUCCGGGCUGCUACCAUUACCGUCUUGGAAAAAAUUUUAAUAGUAGGGGAGUGGGUACUCCCUAACUGAUAGCUUUUGAAAAGGUGGUGUUUAAAAAUUGACGUGUGAUUGGUUGCAAAUUUAUUGAUGUGCUAUUGGAGAAUAAAAGGAUGUCUGAGCUCUGAUUGGAUGGGAAAGAAUUGCUUGAAACGUGACUGUACGAAACAUUUAAUGAAUAGAAUAAAUAUUUGUCACCGGUUAAUUAAAUUAAAUGACGUCACAAUUGCUGUUUAUGUCUGUUUAUAAUAAUAAUUACUAUCACAAAAUGGUUGACUAAUUGUUUCCUCUGUUUUUUUAUUAUUCAAUUAAUAAUUUAUAUUAAUAAUUAUUAAUAAUAAUAAUAAUUAUUAUUAUUAUUAUUUAUUUAUCAUUGAUGUAAGGAUUGUUAUUUGAGUUUAUUACAGCAUAACUUAACAAAGUUUAAAGUGGUUCGGUGCGCUGGCGUCUGUGUAAGAAGAACCACCAAACACAACCGAAGAAUAAGUAAAUUGACGUAUGAAUGCUUUCAACUGAAUGUGUGUAUUAUUAUUUUGUUGUUGAUGUUGUUGUUUGUUGUUGUUGUAGGCGUGUGUUUAAACGAGUAAAUGUUGUUAAAAUGAUGAUUUUAAAGGGUUGAAAUUAUAAAUAAAUUGGUGAAUAA